AUGUCUUUCUCUCGAGCACUCGCCUUGUCUUCACUGGCACUUCGCCCGCGAGCAGCAACGCGAACAUGCUAUCGCAAUCUCUUGUGCGCACCCCUCGCGACUCAAUCACGCGCGUAUGCCUCGAAGCGCAAAGAGCGGGAUUCUAAGGAAGGGAAGAGCAAGCACAGUCCGGUCGUCUCGACCGAGAAUUUGGUACCUGGUUCGCAGCGCAUAGUGGCUGGCGAAGAAUACGUGAAGGCGGAGGGGAAGAUGAAGGCAAUCGUCGAGCGGUUCCGCAAAGAAGUCGCCACCAUGGAGAUGCGCGCGAGCGGGCGAGUCACGCCCGCGAUCUUGUCUCCGGUCAGGGUGAUGCUCCCUGACAGCGAGGGCGGGGACGCCAAGGGUGUGCGGCUCGAGGAAGUCGCGACAGUGGGCGUGCGCGAAGGCACGACGCUGCUGGUGACGGUGUUCGAGGAACAUACGCUGCGACAUGUCGAGACCGCGCUGUAUGAUGCAAAGCUGCCAGGCGUUGUGCCGCAGAAGGUCGACGCUCGCACGAUAAAGAUUCCCAUGCCAAAGCCGACAGUGGAUGCGCGGCAGGCCAUGUUGGCCAGCGCACAGCGGCAGGCUGAGGACUCGCGGGUGCAAAUACGUAAGCAGCACCAGGCGAGCCUGAAGAAGGGGAAAUAUGCAAAGCACUCGCCCGAGCUAGAUGAGUUCCAAUCGCUCACCGACAAAUACCUGGGCGAGGUGGAUAAGGUCCUCGUAGACAUCAAGAAGAGCGCAGGAGCCAAAUAA